AUGAGUAGUUCUUUGUUUAGCAGCGUCGUUCCAGCAGCUGUUUCCGAACAGAUAGAUCUGUUCACGACCUAUGUGAUGUCCUUACCUCCGCACCCUCAUUUGACCGAGUACGUGAUCCCAUAUCUCGAAUCCAAUGGAUGGAUUACUUCGAAUGUGAUUCUAUCCAAUUUACACACUGUGUUGUACAUUGCCGUCGGGUAUCAUGCGCUAUUCCUGUUAUCUCAACGGGUCUUAUUCCCACCUCUAGCUUCUUAUAGGUUAUCCUGGGAUCCGGAGACUACGAAAGACCAACGUAAGUCUAAGGAAAAGCAGCAUGCAGACCUUGUCAACCAGAGUGCCGUUCGUCUGGUGAGUUGGAUCCAAUCUCUGAUCGUGCUUUAUCUCAGUUUCGAGGCCAUUGCAUAUAACAAUGAAAAACCAGAUCUAAACUCUCACGAUCGUAUCUUUGGCAUGGACCCAUAUAACGUGAAGGUAUGCGUUUUCGCAAUUGGGUACUUCCUAUGGGAUAUCUACAUUUCAUUGGUCUACUCUACCCUCCCAUUCGUGCUGCACGGUUUGAUCUCUACGGUGGUUUAUGCUAUUGGUUUAAAACCUUACAUCAACUACUACGCAGGUAUUUUCCUGAUGUUCGAGCUAUCCAAUCCAUUCUUGAAUAUCAGAUGGUUCGGGAUCAAGUACUUGCCACAACUGACCAAAGACUGUCAGACUGUCAUGGCCAAGGUGUGUAACGUGAUCCAAUUGGUGAACAAUGUCGUUUUGAUCUUGAUCUUCUUCUUGGCAAGAAUCUGCUGGGGUUUCUACCAAUUCUACCAACUGUGUACCGAUUUCUACAACAUCAGAAACGAUCCAAGCUUCUUACCUCUCGAAACGGCCAUCAUUGUGACCGGUAACCUGAUCCUUGACGUUUUGAACUUAUUCUGGUUAUCAACCAUGCUUUCUGUUGCUGUCAGAAUCAUCAAGAAAGGUGGUAAAGUCCAAGAUAAAUGA